GGAAAACACUACCAGAGAUUUGUAUUUGUCUUCUUAUUCAGAUUCCGGGGCCUUAAUAGAUUGGGAGAGGUCAACUUAGAGGAGAUGAUUCUUCAACAAUAUCCACAUCUGGAGAGUCAUAUUGGAAAUAUUUUACAAGAUCCUGAGAGACUUCUGUUUAUAUUUGAUGGCUUAGAUGAGAGUAUUCAGCAAAUAGAUUUCAGAUCAAGUAAACUGUUUAAUCCAAAACAAAGAACAGAGAUUGGUGAGAUUGUGGUCAGUUUGGUGAGGCAGAAUCUUCUUAAGGGUUGCUCUGUACUGAUAACCAGCCGUCCAACCAGACUGGCAUCAGUUGAUACUGGUGUUUUCCAGAGAAUAGCUGAGAUCAUGGGAUUUCUCCAUGAAGACAGAUUGACCUUCUACAAAAAUUUUUUUGGAAAUGAGGAAUUGUCAAAAAAGGCUUUUCAUUAUGUGCAGGAGAAUGACACACUGUACACUUUCUGUUAUAUCCCAUCAUACUGCUGGAUCAUUUGUACAGUGUUAUCGAUGUGCUUCAGAGCCCAACCAACAAACACUGAUCAGCUGAUGGCAUCAUUACCCAAAACAGUGACACAACUCUUUGUGACUUUUGUCUCCAACAUUCUGGCCAAUCAUAGCCAGAAUAAAGAUGGUGGUCACACUGCCCGGGAACUGCUGACGUCUAUUGGGUGGAUGGCAGAACAUGGAGCCAUGAAUCACAUGAUUGUAUUUGAUGAGCGUCACCUGGACUCAUUCAGUGUGAGAAAUGAUAAACAUCUCUUUUCAUGUUUCCUGAUGGAAUCUGGUCAGCCUCCUGAUGUGGAUUACACCUUCUUACAUCUCACUCUUCAGGAGUUUUGUGCUGCUUUGGUUCAUUUUAUUACCUAUAAUCCUGACAGAUUACAGGAAACACUUGAUAAGGCUGAAUCUUACAAAGAUGGCCGUGCUGAAAUAUUUCUCCGUUUCCUCUGCGGUCUCUCAGACUCUACUACUAGAUCCAUAUUAAAGUCUUAUGUGGGAGAAUUGUCUACUCAGGCUUCCAGACAUGUCAUCACCUGGAUCCAGGAGAAAAUCACAGAACAAAGAUCUAAUAGAUCCACAAGAGACAACAGAGAUCUUCUUAAUGUAUUCUACUAUCUCCACGAGACCAGGAAUAAGGAUCUGGUGUCACAAUGUAUUGAGUCAAACAAAGUUGACUUUUCUGGCAUCCCUCUCAGCCCUCUGGACUGCUCUGUGCUGUCUUUUAUUCUUCAUUCCUCCAGAGAGACUGAAAAAGUAAUUCUUCGUUCAUGUAAUAUACAGAAUGAAGGAUUGAGGAAGCUCAUACCGACUCUACAUAACAUCAAGAGUUUGAUAUUGUAUAGCAAUCACCUGACAGACAGUUCCUGCCCCCACCUGGCAUCUGGAAUAAGAAAUAACCAGACACUGAGGACACUGAACCUGUCUAAGAACAAUCUGGAGGGUCCUCAUUUCACGGAUCUGAUGGCAGCUCUGACUACAAGCCGGAUAGAGGAAUUACAAUUGAAUAAUAAUUUCCUGACAGACAGUUCCUGCCCCCACCUGGCAUUUGGAAUAAGACAUUCCCAGACACUGAGGACAUUGGACCUGUCAUACAACAACCUGGAGGGUCCUCAUUUCAGUGAUCUGAUGGCAUCUCUGACAGCAAGCCAGAUAGAGGAAUUACAAUUGCCCUAUAAUCGCCUGACAGACAGUUCCUGCCCCCAACUGGCUUCUGGAAUAAGAAAUAACCAGACACUGAGGACACUGAACAUGUGUGGGAAUAAUCUGGAGGGUCCUCAUUUCAGGGAUCUGAUGGCAGCUCUGACAACAAGCCGGAUAGAGGAAUUACAAUUGGAUAAUACUCACCUGACAGACAGUUCCUGCCCCCACCUGGCAUCUGGAAUAAGAAAUAACCAGACACUGAGGAUACUGGACCUGUCUUGGAAUAAUCUAAAGGGUCCUCAUUUCAGUGAUCUGAUGGCAGCUCUGACAACAAGCCGGAUAGAGAAAUUACAUUUGAAUAAUAAUCAUCUGACAGACAGUUCCUGUCCCCACCUGGCAUCUGGAAUAAGAAAUAACCAGACACUGAGGAUACUAAACCUGUCUGAGAACAAUCUGGAGGGUCCUCAUUUCAGUGAUCUGAUGACAGCUCUGACAACAAGCCGGAUAGAGGAAUUACAUUUAGUUAGAAAUAAUCUGACAGACAGUUCCUGCUAUCAACUGGCAUCUGGAAUAAGAAAUAACCAGACACUAAGGACACUGCACCUGUCUGGGAACAAUCUGGAGGGUCCUCAUUUCAGUGAUCUGAUGGCAGUUCUGACAACAAGCCAGAUAGAAGAAUUACAGUGAGUAUAACAGGACUGACGAAGACAUAUAAUGUGAACACAAAUUUG